AUGCAGGCAAUGCCAGAUUCGCGCCAGCAGAGCUUCGAAGAGAUCUAUGGCCCGCCAGAGAACUUCCUCGAAAUUGAGGUGAAGAACCCGCGCACCCACGGCAUGGGCCGCAACAUGUACACCGACUACGAGAUCGUGUGCAGAACCAACAUCCCCGCCUUCAAGCUCCACCACAGUGUUGUGCGCCGACGUUACUCAGACUUUGAGUACUUCCGCGACAUUCUGGAGAGAGAGAGCGCUCGUGUUACGAUCCCACCGCUGCCUGGGAAGGUGUUUACGAACCGGUUUAGUGAUGAUGUUAUUGAGCAUAGACGGGAGGGUCUUCAGCGGUUUCUGCAGAUUGUUGUAGGACAUCCACUUUUGCAGACGGGAAGCAAGGUCCUGGCGGGUUUCGUUCAAGAUCCCAAUUGGGACCGUAAUGCAUGGUGA